GGAAAGUCCAGCUCACUCCAUCCUGAGAGUUUGAGAGCAGCAGCUCGUCUUCAGUGUCUUUAGCGUCUUCAUCGUCUUCAUCAUCUUCAUCAUCUUCACGGUCUUCAUCGUCCUCCUCCCUCUCAGCUCUCCCCCUCAUGGCGGCCCCCUCCAAGUCCUCCCAGAAGGCCAAGAAUGUGGCCAUCGCCCUGCUGGCGCUGUGGUCCAUCGUGUCCCUGGUCGUCAUCGUGGUGUGGGCGACGUCUCCGGACCUGAAGAGCUCGGCUCAGUGUCGGCUCGAGCUGCAGGACACCAGGGAGAAGCUGGAGGGCGCCAAGGUGGUGUGGGGGCAGGACCGGGUGGCGCUGGAGGAGAAGGUGGAGGAGGAGAGGGAGCGGCAGGCUCGCCUCACGGCCGACCACCUGCUGCUGCUGGGACGCCUGAACGCCACCAACGCCUCGCUGGAGGCGUGUCUGCAGGAGAACGGCGUCCUGCAGUGGAACCUCAGCCUCCGUCAGGACGAGGUGGAGCGGCUGCUGCUGACCGAGAGCAACCUCACCACCCAGCUCGGCCUGAAGGAAGAUCUCAUCGACGCCCUGCAGCAGAACCUGACUCAGACUUCUCAUCAGACCGAGUCCUGCUUCAGUCUGAAGGACGCCGCUCAGAGUCAGAUGGAGGCAGCUCAGAUCCAGACCAGAGCCUGCGAGUCCAAGCAGCAGUAUCUGCAGAGACAGCUUCACAAGUGUAAAGCUGGUGACUCUCAGCCUCCUCAGCAGACGACGCCGGCGCAGCGGACCUCUUUGAAGUCGGCUGCCCCCCCCCUCGCUGGCGCCCCGGCGCUGCUCUUCUUCUUCGCUCUGCAGCUGAGAACCUGAGCUGUGUGUUUUCUGAGUCUGAGAGUACUGUGGUCCAGGACAAAAGGGGGCGGAGCCUGGACCAACCUAAUGACUGCUGUACAAACUUCCUACACAACUAACAGAUGCUAUGGAAACGAUGACAUCACGCUGACUGGACACAAACUUUACUUCAAGUGGAAAAGCUGCGACGUUCGCGUUUAUGAAUUAUUAACGUUUCACAGAGAUCUCGGUUUCUACUUCCUGCUGCUGGUUACCACUUCCUGCUGCUGGUUACCACUUCCUGCUGCUGGUUACCACAUCCUGCUGCUGGUUACCACUUCCUGCUGCUGGUUACCACUUCCUGCUGCUGGUUACCACUUCCUGCUGCUGGUUACCACAUCCUGCUGCUGGUUACCACUUCUUGCUGCUGGUUACCACUUCUUGCUGCUGGUUACCACAUCCUGCUGCUGGUUUCAACGUACCGCUGAUGGUUUCCACUUCCUGCUGCUGGUUUCCACUUCCUGCUGCUGGGUUCUACUUCCUGCUGCUGGUUUCAACAUCCUGCUGCUGGUUUCUACAUCCUGCUGCUGGUUUCCACAUCCUGCUGCUGGUUUCCACUUCCUGCUGCUGGUUUCUACUCCCUGCUGCUGGUUUCCACAUCCUCCUGCUGGUUUCCACUUCCUGCUGCUGGUUUCUACUUCCUGCUGCUGGUUUCUACUUCCUGCUGGCUUCCUGAUGCUUUAGUCUGUUCAGUCCUGCAUCAGUUUUUAAACGACUUCAGAUCCUUACUGUCAAUCACCAAGUUCAUCACAACGUUCAGUAACAUAUCGUGUCCAUCCUCGGCUCCUGUGGAGGGAAGCUCCGCCCACUGACCAGUCACCUCCUAUCAAACCGUAUGAAGCUCCGCCCACUGACCAGUCCUCUGUCUCCUGAGAGCAGAGGUGGCGAAUCGAUCAACACUCAAUCAUUAUUGAUCGGCUUCAGAGGAAACUGAAUCAAACCUGUCGUUGCUGUGAUGACGUCUGUGAUGAAGUGAAUCUAAAACCUGAUGGAGGAUUUUUAAAGAGUAAACCUGGUUUUACCAAGUCGCUGAUUCAUAUCUCAGCAGUGAGUGUGAGAGGAAUUCAGAUUCGACUUUGUUUCUGUGCUUUUUAUGAUGUUUAACAAAUGAAAACUCGCAGCUUGAAGCUUCGUCACUGCAGCUGAAGAAUGACUCGGCUUUUUACUUUAUCUGAUGCUGGUUGGGAAUAUACUUUUGUUUGUGGGAUUGAUGUCAUUCAUAUGAAUAAACCUGAUGAGUUUGUUA